AUGGUACCACCACCACCACCACCACCACCACAACCACCACCGAUGACGACGACAACAACAACAACACAUUCUGAGAAUAACCAAAACAGGGUUUAUUUGGAAAUUCGCUACAUACUGGACUAUGGGCCGAGAUUACACUAUAAGUUCGAAACAAAGUUGGCAGAACGCAAGUUGGCAGAACGCAAGUUGGCAGAACGCAAGUUGGCAGAACGCAAGUUGGCAGAACGCAAGUUGGCAGAACGCAAGUUGGCAGAACGCAAGUUGGCAGAACGCAAGUUGGCAGAACGCAAGUUGGCAGAACGCAAGUUGGCAGAUGUUUUUUCCAUAGAUACAUGA